GUUACGUUACGUUGCGGAACCUGCGGAUAUGUGUAUACAGAAAACAGAAUUGACUCCAAAAAAUAGAGGUCUGUCUUGCAUAUUACAUGUUUUUAGAGAUGUAAGAGUAGGUACCUACAAGAUACGAGAUGAUUGGUAGACGUGAACGUAUAUAUGUUAUUUCCGAUGCGUCAUGCAAAUAAGUGAAAGUGUGUUGACGGCUCUACUAGACUCUGGUGAAGUGCUGAAAUACAUGGUUAAUAUGUAUUCUUUUUGUAUUUAACUUAAAAACAAGUAUUUAAAAAGCAGCAGUGACAUAUUGUCUCAGUUGUCUGUUCAUUCGAGUGAUUUUAACGGUAUAAAGUGAGCGUAAAGGAUUGUAGGAGAGGACAGAAGGUUACCUUGGUGGUUUGAGGUUAUCUGGAGCACGCGAACGACAGAGAUGAUGUAUCUAAACAUUAUAUCUAUAUAGUCGAAGGUGCGAUAUGGCAAAGGAAAGACAAAGAAAGAGAGAGCCAUGAAUUAAGAAAAAAAAAGUGUGUUUGCGUUACAAUGUUUUGUAUAAGUACAUGUAAAUGCUUUUACAAGUCAAGUGAAUUAAGUGUGUAGUAAAUGGUGUAUGAAUGUAAUAGGUACGUACAUUGCAAGUAAAGUGUAUUAAAUUUAUAAGUAAGUAUAACAAUAGUAGCGUAAGUAAAUAUAUGUGUAUGUAAGUAUAUGGACUCCGGGAAGCUCGAGGCAGCUCCACUGAACCUUUGAUCCGAUGUGAUUGUGAUGUGAUGCGCGUCACGGGGUGCCAAAAGAUACAGCCGCAGAACUGAUGAGCCGAAUAAGGAUGAGUUCUGUAUAAGUAUUACCUAUAGCAGCAAUACUUAGCAUCAGUGCAACAGGCUCUCCGGCUACAAUAAGAGUAUACAGUGGCGGCCAUUCCGAGGAGUCAGAAUUGGAGUCGCGCCUCGCGCCUUGUGCCAGUAGGUAUCCAGCAGUCCACGUAUUAAGUCGUAAACCCGCGUAGAAGAAAAAGGUGCGUGAGCAUGUGCGUUGAUGUGUACCAUUACUGAAAUAUUUUUGCGCAGAGCGUACUUAUAGAUACAAGGUAGUGCGUACACAAUGUACGGUGUGUAGAACUGCAAAGUGUAUAUUAUUAUUAUUAUUAUUAUACGGUGCAAUAGUUUGACAAGUAACUUGAUUUUUGUACGACGACAACAAUUGAACAAGAGAGAAAAAAGAACUUAUUGUGCAAGCUCUCGCUGCAGUUGUGUAUUAUUUAAUUUGAUAACACAAAAAAUACGUGCAGCAUAUAUUCCUACGCAGGCUCAUAUCUAACGGAUAGGAAGGUCAUCGGAUGUGCGGUACCCAUGAUAAUAUUACCAAAAACAACGACAACAGCCACCACAAUAACAGCAGUAGCCGUAACAAUAGCUCGAAUCGACGAAUUUUGGCAAUGAGAGAGCGCAGCAAGUCGACGAGCAGUAGCAGCGCGAGCAGCGCCGGCCCCGGGGCCGCUGCUGCUGCUGCUGCUGUUGGAAAUAUCAGCAGCUCUCUCGUCCUCAACAAUAACAGCAUGUGCAACAUAAGCACCAGUAGCAGCAGCAAUAACGGUGUGGGAGGCACUGGGCCCAACGUCGACUCGCACACCAAGUAUUUGCGUGACUUCAGGGUUGAACAGUGUCCGCUUUUCAUUCAGAGAAAGUGUACCCAGCACCGGCCCUUUACCUGCUUCAAUUGGCAUUUCAUGAAUCAGCGUAGACGCCGACCUAUCAGAAAACGCGACCGCACCUUCAACUACAGUGCCGACAAUUAUUGCGCCAAGUACGACGAGACCACCGGCAUCUGUCAGGAUGGCGACGAGUGUCCAAAUUUGCAUCGCACGGCCGGUGACACGGAGCGCCGGUAUCACCUGCGCUACUACAAGACCUGCAUGUGCGUCCACGAUACGGACGCGCGUGGCUUUUGCGUGAAAAAUGGUCCCCACUGUGCCUUCGCGCACGGCAACCACGACCUCCGACCGGCGGUCUACGACAUCAAGGAGAUCCAGGCGAUGGAGAACCCGGAUCUCGACUCGAGCGGGGGUGCCAAUGGGCCCAACAUCCUCGACAAGGAGCGCAAUCUCAUGAACGAGGAUCCCAAGUGGCAGGACACGACCUACGUGCUCAGCAACUACAAGACCGAGCCGUGCAAGAGACCCCCGAGGCUCUGCAGGCAGGGCUACGCCUGUCCGUCCUACCACAACAGCAAGGACAAACGCAGGAGUCCGAGAAAGUACAAGUACCGUUCAACGCCGUGUCCAAACGUAAAACACGGCGAGGAGUGGGGCGAGCCCGGACACUGCGAUCAAGGUGACAGCUGCGUUUACUGUCAUACGCGCACCGAGCAGCAAUUUCAUCCCGAGAUCUACAAGUCAACGAAAUGCAACGACGUGCAACAGGCUGGAUACUGUCCGCGUGGCGUUUUCUGCGCCUUCGCCCACGUCGAUCCGGUCAUUCCUGCAGACGAUUUAAGCUUGGCUAGAGAAGUGUUGUCCGUGUCGUUGGAUUGCGGCACGAAUUUAGUCAAUUUGUUGAGCAAUGCUUUGCCAUCUGAUAAACGAAAUCACGAUAAUGACAAGACUAUCAACGACAGUAGUUUGGCCACGUUACAAAACGGUAGCGGUGAAAUAUCCGAAUCAGCAAGUACUAGCAGUUUAGGCAGUAAUGGCUCUCACAAUAAAGCACCAGGAGCACAGCUUCAUCAGAAUUCUACAAACCAGCAAAAGCUUGUAAACAUGCUUUAUAAUCCCUCUAUGCUUCAAGCAAAUGAUGUAAGAAAACAACUGAUUUCCAUUGAAAGUGAUCCUUUACUGACAAAAGCCGAAAAAGCACAAAAAAAGCAGAAUUUAUACAUUGCUUAUAAUUUUAAUUCAUUGACACCUCAAACUGCUCUUUCCUCAUCACUUUCCAACUCUUUUUAUCAGAAUGAUACUGUUGAAUCAGUUUUAGGCAAUGCUUUGGACGAUUUAAGUUUAGAAGACCCUCUUGGUUUAGUUGAUUCCAUACAUAGAGAUACUAAUUCACCAAUCAGCAAUUCUAUAUCCGCAGGCUUGGCAAGCUCAGGACUAUUAUCUUGUUCAGCACCAGUUAAUAUUCCUGGAAUGACUGAACGCACAGUCCUUUCUAAUUUCUCACCAAUUACUUCAAGUCCUCUUCAGCCUUCCCAAUCAGCCAGCAGCUUUCUUACUGCUGGCUCGAGAUUCUCCCAUCAAGAUUCAAUCGAAUCGUCAAUGUCCUCAUUUAUGAAUCACGUAUCAGAUCCAUUCAGUAAUCACAUAUCUCAGUCAAGCAGUUCAAUGUCAAAACUUGGAGCUUUUAAUAGUAGCCUAUUCGAUUUUGCUGCAAAUCAAGGAUUGUCCCCAUCAUCUCGCACUCAGCCACUGGGAGCAUCGCCGUUAGUUAAUGCUUUUUCUAGCAGCCCUAGUAAUAAUAAUACUACAGGAUCACUAUCUGAAUUGCAGGUACAAAGAUUGAGAGAAGAAUUGACAUCCAGUCGUGCACAGCUAGCUUCUUGGGAUGAACGUAUUAAUCAGGCAAGAGUUGCAUGUAAUGCUUGGCAAAUUGAAUGUGAAGAAUCUAAGCGCAAGGCCGCUUUAGCAGAACAACAAAGAGAUGAGGCAAUGAUGAAGUUCAAAGCACUGAAGGCUGAAAAUGAAGCGACUAACGGAUCAUUUCUUAGUACACUAACAAGAACUAAUGAUCUUAAAUCCUUACCAAUUGCGGUCCUCAAGUCAAUGCAAUCUCAGCUUCGUUCAGACCUUGAAGAGGUGGAAAAGGUGCUGUACCGAGAAACGGCAACAAAAUGCAUGGUUUGCGAGGAACAAAACCGUACUGUAACACUCUCGCCGUGCAACCACUACGUGGUCUGUUCAACUUGUGCACUCAAUCAACGCGAGUGUCCAUACUGCCAGACCCCGGUCACCUCUACGAGUUAGGUUUCUUGAAAAAGGCAUCUGUACAUGCUGGGCUAUUGGUUUGAUUUUGUACGAUUCAAUCACUUGAAAAGAACAUGAAUUAUCAUCGUUGUGAAUGAUUUGACGUCGGAAAUCAAUGAAGGCUAGGUUAUACUAAUUUUUUAAACGGACAAAAAUGAAUUACUAAAUCAUUGAAACGAAUGAAAUACCUACUUUUUAAAAGGAUCGUUGAGUUUUCCUUCCAUGUCUUUUACCGGAUAACUUGGGUAAAAUAUGCAAUUACUACUGCUACAGUUCUUUCAAUAAAUCGAAGAUCGUCGAAAGAGGAGAAUUUUUUCUUUAUAUUAGUUUUUCAAAUGUGAAAUAAUAUUUAGGAAUGUUGUGAGUAAACACUAGGAAAUAAUUUGUGUAUAUAAUUUAUGAUGCAAGUGGUUAGAUUUUUUAAUUCAACGUUUUCUAAAAAAAAUUUUUUCUCCGAAGCAUGACAAAACAUCAAGAAUUGAUUAUGAUUUUUAUCUUUUGCUAAGAUUUAAUUUAUGUAAAUUUCACUGUCGACUCAUAUUAAAUUAAACGUUUCAAUUUUUAAUAGUACAUGACCGUAUGACAGGUAUCAUAUAUAUACUAUGAAUUUUUCAAUUGAAUCACAUGUUAGAUUAGAUAGUGCCAGUCCAAUUUUUUAUUAAUCAUACUUAUAAGGUAGAAAUGUACAGAUAUAAAAGAAGAUUUUAAGACAGUCAUCGAGACCAAAAAAAUUAUUGACUACUUUAUUUGAGAAUUGUAAAAUUGAUGGGAACUAUUAAUAUGUAUCCCAAUUACUUGUUACAGUUGUUUGUUCUUUAGUUAUUAUUUGUUGAAUUUUUUAAAUCAGUACAGACAUUACAAAUCUCGUCAUUUGACUUGUUUUACUAACAUGCUUUAAUCACGUUAAUUAGAAUAAUAACUUUAUAGCUUGGCCUAAUAUAUUUUUAUAGGAACUCACAAUUGUAAUGAGUUGAUGUAAAAUGUGUGUCUUGAUUGAUAUUUCAACUACGUUUGUAUUGUAUGAUUUUUCAUUUGUAUCAUAACGAUUUAUGUAAAGAAUUAAAUUAUUGCCCAGGCAUGUUUUAUUAAACAGAUUAUUAUAUUAUAUAUUAAUUAAUAGGUUAGUAGGAGAGAAAUAAUAAAUUUUAUGAUUAAUUUUGUUUAGUAGAUAUUCAAAUAUUGUCCCAUUCGUUAGUUUGUCGAUGUAAUUUUUACGAUUCAUUCACGAUAAAACUUGUAAAAGACUUACUGAUGAUCGUACAAAUAUUAGUUUUAUAAUAAUGCUAACAAAAUAUUUAUAGCCAGUCGUUUUGAAACCAUUCAUUUUUACUCUAAAUGUUAACAAGGGAUGAACGAUCUAGGACAAUCCAAGAAAAUAUGUCUAGAUGCAUACAAAGUAUAUUGAAAAUAUAUAUACAUAUAUAUAUUUUUUUGAAACUUGCAACAACAAUAAAAAUACAAUGUUUAAGAAAAUUGUGUCUGUCUACAAAUAAACUUGAAGUACCUUUACCAGUGUAAUGAAACUGCGCAGGUUCUACUGAACAAACUUUUUUAGAGCUCGAAUCACGUUUACUGUCAAUUUCAGUAAUGUGUGAAGUAUAAACACUGUAGAGUACAAUAAGCACAGCAACGUAUCGCAUCUUCAAUGAUUGAUUAUUGUCAAAGGGGAGGACCAACUUAACUUAAAAAUAUACAAUUGUUUCAGACCACAGAUAAAUUUUGUUGUUCCUUUUGUUUUUACACUAGCAUUUUUGUUGCAGACCGUAAAUUAAAUUCACAUAAAAAUAUUAAAUGCAUUUACUGAAUUGCUGCGGUGAAUAUAUUCAAGUGUUGUACACUCACGGGGUUAGAGUUUCGACUUCAUAAUACACGGAACACACUACGAUUUUGCGUGUUUUCAAGGAACAUUUAUUGACAGUAAUGGCAGUGGUGAUUUUAAAAUAAGCAAAUAAUAAAGUUUGUCUUCCCAAAUAUCGCUCUGGCUUUGGAUUUAUUGAGCUUCACAUAGUUUUAAAGUGACGCAAUCUAAAUGAGAGAUGUACGUAAAUGUUGGCAUAUUCGUAAUUAAUGACUCUUGUAUAAUUGAUAUAUUGUGGUUUUUUACUGUUUCUCAGUAAGCAUUUAUAAAUUAUUUUGUAAGCUUAAAAAUAAAUAAACGAUUAGAAUGUUUUCAGAGUUUAGUGUUUGUUGAAGAAAACAAAUACAUUGAUUUUAAAUUUCUUGCAGUACUACAUAAUUAUUAACUUGAAUGCGAUCCGGAAUCAUCAUAAUGUAACUGUUGAAAUUUUUGUAUCUAGCGAUGAUGUGCUCUAUUAGUCGUCGUAAUACUGUCGUAUUUGAAAUUUAAAAUAAAACAUGUGCAGCCGUAUGCAGUCCAAUAAAAAAUUGCUCAAAACAGUGCAAAAACAAUUUUUUUGGAACAGCAAAAUAUUUUAUUUUAGAUCAUAAUUACGAGGAUCAAUGAACCUUUGAAUUAUUGUCCAUUCAAGUUAAAAAUAAAAACUGAUACAUUAAAUCGUUUGUAUAUUAAAACAUGUUGGUCAAACUUGCGCUUUAUUUGCUAAUUUAUUUAAUCAAACAAAUUAUCCGUCUUCUGGACAAAAAUAAAAGUCGCAUUAAUCAAACGAAAACAUUUUUGAAAUUCAAAAACUCACCCUAUUAGCUAUGAACAAGCUAUAUUCACUUAACAGCAUACAUCAGCAAAACUCAACAUUAGCCAUGUCUUUCACAAAAUUCCGGGUUAAAAUACUCAGGACACCCAAAUAUUUUUUACAAUGAAAUUACAAAAUUUUGACGUGCACAAACUUUUCAGGAUAAGUAGUGAUAAUAUCUCCACACCUUAUAAUUUAUUCAUAAAUGUCAUUGUAACGAAUUAUUUAUGGACGUUGUUUGUUUCGUUUUGAAGUUUUUUUUGGAUUCAAUAUUGUGUAUGGAUUCUAAUAGUAAUAAUUAAAAUGAUAAAGUUGUAAAAUUUUCUAUUGCUCGUCAAAAAGAUGAGUUUCAGCAUCUUACAUCCCGAUGAUUUAUAUAUACUUUUUAAAAUAAAUUAAGCAGGUGAUUAGUUAAAUAAAAGUUAUUUUCACUUGUAUGUGUGCGAAUACAUUGCGUUGGCCUUGUAAGGUAGGAAUUUGAAAUGAAAAAAUAAGAAUCAGAUCUGCAUUUAGCAGAUUUAUAUGUACAGUUCGUAUUUUGUAGUAAGAAAUUCAAACAAAUUAAAAUGUCUUCAUUACUUCAACCAAAUAAAUAUAAAAUGGUCGCUCAGCGAAAAUUGCAAAUUACUCUCGGUAGUGUAUAAUAACGCAUGUAAUGAUCGACAAAUUUUAUUUUUGCAUAAUCAAUUGAUGGACAGGGAAAAAUCUACACUCGUUUUUUCACUCCUCGUUGACGACCAGAUUCAAGUGCCACUGGAAACAAAAUAUAUAUAUUAUACUAUAAUACAGAACAGGCCGAAUUUAAAAAAAUAAGUAAUAGUAAUUAUUAUAAUUACGUUUAUAACAACAAUGUAUCAAUUAAAUGUAGCAAGCUGAAAAAAAUUUUAUGGGUAAAAAAGGCGUAAACAUCAAAGGGUUCUAAUGCCCUUGUGUUUGUAGUGUUGGUAUGUACGUGUUUGAUUCAAUGUCGUACCAGUGUGCGACGUGACCAUUAAAUUUGUUGAUUUACGAAUAAUACAAUAACUAUUAAAUGUAUGUCUUGGCCACUGUGAUUAUAAAUUAAAGUAGGCAUUUACGCGCCAAGCAAAAUGCGUGUUUAUGAAACUGUCUCUUGUGAUGCUUUUCAAUACUCGAAUAUUCGUAUGUAAUAAUGUUCUGGCACUCCUACGAUUUGUGCAUUCUAGUUCAAAAUACACGAGAGAGAUUUACUCUCUUUUUCACUGACAGUAUUUUUGGAAAAUUAUAACUUACCGGCACUUAUCUUUUUUAUUUUUGUUGAAUGGCAUACACAAGAAAAUUAUCAUCCUGAAAAUUCUAACGACAAAAAUGUACAAACUUAAUAAGAGCAACUAAAGUAUAUUUGCGAAAUAUACAUAACCAAAAUAUUUACGAAGAAGACCUAAAAAAAAAAAAAAAAAAAACCGAAUACAAAUAGGUACAUACGAGCAUACAUAAAUUUUAUAUUACAACAAGCACAGAUAGAAACGUUAGUUGUAAGUAUUUUUUUAUCAUUCAAAGUUCAGAACUAAUAAUAUGUAUAUGUACACGAAUUUUUGCUUGUAUAAUAAUUGUAACUUGAUGAUGUAAACGAUUCGUAGAACGAAUUUUCUUUAAUAGUUCUUAUAUGUUAUGAUGUAUAUUUAGGUAGUGCAUCCAUCAGUUAAAUUAAAAAUUGUAAUUAAUAAAUUAUAGAUAUUGAAAA